AUGUUCUUCUGCCAUGACAAAUACGUACUAGUCCUACUUUUCACUUCGAUACAAAGUUUUGUGAGGCCAUCUCUAGGGGAAAAGGCCGAAGAAAUAAUAUCGCUUGAAGAGAGUAUCAACUCUUCACUCGGACCAUGGAUAAAAGGGGUCGAACGAGCUUUACGAUCUUCGAAAUCUUCCUGUGCGAACGAAGUCAUGGUCCUAGUAAAGGCCAUCGAAUCGGGACAGACGUGGGCAUUGCAGAUGCUGGAUGCCUCGUCGAAGAUGCAAUCGGGGAUCCUGAUCGGAAAUGUACGUGAUCUUGGGUCGUACGAUGAGUGCGUCGAGGCCAAAGGGCGGUACAACAACGUCAGUAUCCAAGGAAAGCAUUGCGUGGUUUUACUUGGCGAGAUUUUCAACGUAUCUAACGUACCUAUAAUCAAAUACGUUAAUGGCCAAAUUUUAUCGUCCUUUUGCGUACCGUCCUCGUGCAACGAGACGCAAGUCGAGCAAAUGAUAAACGCCAUUCUUCAGAGGACAUCGAAUAUCAGAGGCUUAACACUUGGAGCUAGCGGAGCGAGUUGCGCGCGACUUGAAAGUGAAAAUUUUACUAUUGGAGAAAUUUCAACGACUGGCAACCCUACCGACACUUCGAAGAUCAUAAAUACUUUGGCAAAAUUUUCCUUGUACAAGAACGCUCUUGCUUUACUUAGCACCGAAAUAAGGCCUGAAACGCUUCCCGCGAUUCAGGGUAUAAGAUUUCUGAGUAUAUCUUGGAUCAUAUUUGGUCAUCAUUUCAUUGUGUCAUUUUUACGACCGUCAGUGAACUCCCUUCACAUUUUGAAAUGGUUGAAUUCGUGGGAAUCAGUAUUCAUUCAGGGGGCGCUGUAUGCCGUUGAUACCUUCUUUGUAGUCAGCGGAUUUAUGAUGACUUACCUAUUUCUCAGGGCGAUGAAGUCGGGAAAGAAAAUAAGUAUACCGAUGUUGUAUUUUCAUCGCUACUUGCGGUUAACGCCAGGUGUAGUAGUUUUGAUCUUAUUCGUCAGGUUUUUUCUACAUCGGGUCGCAAAUGGCCCCUUAUGGAAAAUGCUACUUAAUCUAGCCGUGAAACCCUGUGACGACAAUUGGUGGGUCAAUUUAUUGUAUCUACAAAACAUUGUGAAUCCAGAGAACAUUUGCUUACUGCAUACCUGGUACUUGGCUGCCGAUAUGCAACUCUUUUGGAUAUCACCAAUUAUAAUAUACCCGUUGUAUUAUCGGCCAAAAUACGGGCUGAGAAUACUUAUCUGCAUAUUUGUCGCCCUUGUGGUCAUGUCAGCUGUGAUGUUGGUUACUAAUGAAUACUCUAAUGUUGGCCUCCAGCUAAACUUCGACAAAAGGGAAAUAUCACCGGAUAUCAUUUUUCACUACUACAUGCACACUUACAAUCGAGCCUCCGCGUACUUCGUAGGAAUACUUUUGGGCUAUGAUGUGACGAAUAAUAAGAGACAGCUUUCUAAGGCGAACGUACGGAUCAACUGGAUCGUCAGUUCUGUUCUUAUAUUGUUUUGUUUAUGGGCUAUGCAUUACAUCUACAAACCUGAUUACUCAUAUAACCUGCCACUGGAAACUGUGUUUGCUCUUACAUUACGCCCGUUCUGGUCCAUUGCAAUAGCUUGGAUUCUUUACGCGUGUAUCCAGGGCUACGGAGGUCCCGUAAGCAGUUUUCUGUCCAUGCCGUUCUUCCAGCCACUCGGUCGAUUGUCGUAUUCGAUUUACUUGGUUCAUUUUGUAAUUCAAGCGAUAAGGAACGCUGCUGCACGGACCCCUACCCUAUUUUCGAACUUUGAGAUCGUUACUGGGACCGGGAUUGACUUGGUACUGUCAGUCGGAGUGGCUUUCGUCUUUAGUUUGUUCUUCGAAUCCCCAAUUUUAAUAUUGCAAAAAAUUAUUUACAAUCAUGCAGCACCCGAAUCAGAAAACGUUGCUCUCGUGCAACCCAAUAAAAAGAGUAACCAUAAGUUUAUGAAAAGUUCAUGAGUUCCGCGUCGUUUUCUCCAGAAUGUUUCCCGUACCAAAGUUACUUUGAAUUUGUGUGCAGCUGUUUUUGUACUUGUCGUCCGAACGUAUUUUAAACGAAUAUUCGACCUGAUAUUGUGAAUGUAAUAUAUGCGUUACAAAUACGUUGCAAGACUCUUCCCGAAACUCUUCGCAAAAAUAUUCGGGUUUACUGUAAGUGUCGUAUACAAUGCGUGUUGCGCGAACGUGUAUAAUGGACAUCGAACUUCGAGUCAUAUAACAUAAGCAAUAAACCAAAUAAAUUAUGGCAUAUUGUUUUCAGUGUACAGUUUUGUGAAUAAUUGUUGUAAAUAUACCACUUGACAAAUUUGUAUACGUAUAUAUUUAAUCUAACA